AUGUACGAGAUACCAGACGUAGUCUCAGGGAGGUUAACUCUGAAGAGCCCCUCACUCUCCACUGAGUUAGGGAACCAGUUAAUGUUUUUGUCGGAUGAUGCUUUUGUAGGACCUCAGUCCCUGAAACAUCUUAGUUUAACUCCGACAUCAAUGGAUGAUCUGAAAUUCCUCCCCUCGCAUAAUCUCACAUCUUUAGAGACACUGGACCUUGGUGACAAUGACAUUGACUCCUUACAUGAUCUAAACCAGUUCAACUAGCAAAAAAUGAGGACACUCAAACUUCCAAUGAAUUGCCUCCAGAAUAUAUCAGCUGCAGAGGUGCCGUACUGAAGAAUGCCAGCCUUCGACGUCAGCUUCGAAGGCAACAUCAUUGUGUACAUUAUACCCAAGUCCUGUCACUUCAACAGCCUAGAUUUGAGUGACUGUCUCAGCGAAGGAGACAUUUCAAUAAUCUUAGCCGGAUUGAGAGGAGUUCAGACCAACAUUCUCUCUCUGGGGGUCUACGAGGACAGCCCACCUGCCACCAUGCGGGCUGAGUCCCUUCACGCUUUCUGUAACACCACUGUGAAUGAACUGAGCCUCCAACUACAGCACUUCCCAGAUCUGACCGAUGACGCCCCAUUCGAGUGCCUGAAGGGCCUUCAGAAGCUGGACCUCACCAGGUCUAAUCUCCACUCCCUGCCGGCCUCCAUCGCCAAGAUGGCAUCUCUUACCCACCUCAUCCUGAACAGCUUCAAGGACCUGUGUCAGACCAACGCCGCCUUGCUUCCCCAGCUGACUGUUCUGUCUGUGAAGGGCAACCGGGCCCAACAGCUGACCUUCGGGAUGGACUUUAAAGAGAGCUGCCAGAGGAAUGCCACCAAGCUGAAGCAGCUUGACUUGAGUCAAAGCAGUUUGCUGACAGGCGGAGCUCAGUGCUGUGGUCCUCUCCGAAGGCUAAAUAUCUCAUGGAAGUUUGGUGACUUCAGUGUCCAGUGGAACCUUCUGGAAGUUCUGAAAAGCCUGGAGAGUCUCAAUUUGAGGGGCGGUUCCUUUAAGGACAGGAUUGUUUCUAAUGGUGAGAUGUUUAUACAUGUUCCUCUUCUACAGAGACUGGUUUUGGCAGUGUGUGAUGUCAUAUCUGUCAAUAAGAAUGCAUUUCGCUACCUCACCAACCUGGCGUAUGCAGAUCUUAGUGGUAAUAAACUAGUUGUAGCCAGUAUGAAUGAAUUCUCUACACUGAAUAAUGUCCUGCUAAAUUUAGCCAUGAAUCAGAUAGAAAUAGUUGACGUAGACUGUGUCAAAGCUUUAACAGAAAAGAGCAAAAUUGACCUGAGUGACAACCCUUUAGCAUGCAACUGUUCCAAUAUUCAAUUAAUUGGUUGGAUUCAGAGCAAUGCCAAUAAAGUGAUGAACAUUGAUAGGACAAUGUGUUGGUUCAAAGGAAAGAGCCUGUUUGACAGGGGACAAGAUGAGCUCCAUAAGACAUUUAUCGCAAUCAUUCUUAUCCUACUCUCCCCAAACUACUACAACUAG